GUCGAACGAUAAAAGACCGGCAACAUGAGGGAAAUCGUGCACCUGCAGGCGGGCCAAUGUGGAAACCAGAUAGGAGCAAAGUUCUGGGAAGUUAUCAGUGAUGAGCAUGGAAUUGAUCCUACGGGAAGUUACCAUGGAGACAGUGAUCUGCAGCUGGAAAGAAUUAAUGUCUAUUAUAACGAAGCUUCAGGUGGAAAGUACGUUCCCAGGGCAGUUCUUGUGGACCUGGAGCCUGGUACAAUGGAUUCUGUUCGUUCCGGCCCUUUUGGGCAAAUCUUUAGACCCGACAACUUUGUAUUUGGUCAGAGCGGUGCUGGGAACAACUGGGCUAAGGGUCACUACACAGAAGGUGCAGAGUUAGUGGACUCUGUAAUGGAUGUUGUAAGGAAGGAGGCCGAAAGCUGUGACUGUCUGCAGGGUUUCCAGCUCACCCACUCAUUAGGAGGGGGCACUGGUUCUGGAAUGGGAACCCUGUUAAUUAGCAAGAUCCGUGAAGAGUACCCCGAUCGUAUUAUGAAUACCUUUAGUGUAGUGCCCUCCCCUAAAGUAUCUGAUACUGUAGUGGAACCAUACAAUGCCACACUUUCUGUACACCAGUUGGUAGAAAACACAGACGAAACCUACUGCAUAGACAACGAGGCCCUUUAUGAUAUCUGCUUCCGCACUCUCAAGCUGACCACUCCCACCUAUGGUGACCUCAACCACCUUGUUAGUGUCACCAUGAGUGGUGUCACCACCUGCCUUCGCUUCCCAGGGCAGCUUAAUGCUGACCUUCGUAAGCUGGCUGUCAACAUGGUACCCUUUCCACGUCUCCACUUCUUCAUGCCAGGGUUUGCACCCUUAACCAGCCGAGGCAGUCAGCAGUAUCGUUCCCUGACAGUACCAGAGCUAACCCAGCAGAUGUUUGACUCCAAGAACAUGAUGGCUGCCUGUGACCCAAGGCAUGGGCGAUACCUGACAGUGGCUGCAGUUUUCCGUGGCCGCAUGUCGAUGAAGGAAGUGGAUGAGCAGAUGCUUAAUAUUCAGAACAAGAACAGCAGCUACUUUGUAGAGUGGAUACCCAACAAUGUCAAAACAGCAGUGUGUGACAUCCCACCCCGAGGUCUGAAAAUGGCAGCUACCUUUAUUGGCAACAGUACUGCCAUCCAGGAGUUGUUUAAGCGCAUCUCUGAGCAGUUCACAGCCAUGUUCAGGCGCAAAGCCUUCUUACAUUGGUACACAGGAGAGGGCAUGGAUGAGAUGGAGUUCACAGAAGCUGAAAGUAAUAUGAAUGACCUGGUAUCAGAAUACCAACAGUACCAAGAUGCCACAGCUGAGGAGGGAGAAUUUGAAGAAGAGGGAGAGGAGGAAAUUGCCUAAAUCAUAUUUACCUAGUGUAUCAUUUGCCAAGCCCCCUCCCAUUUCCCUUCUUUUUUUUUUAAAUCUCUUCAUCUGACCUCUUACUCCAUUUCUGUGAGAAACAGCAGAGUCUCUGAAUAUGCAAUCAGGAGUUGAACGGUUACAAAUGUCAUCCCAAUUACAAUUACUAUAAUGAUCAUCGUUAGGGAAGCAGCUUGUUCUUUAGAAUACCAUAGAUGAUUUUGCCCCACAAUGGGCAUUUAUUUAACUGCCCGAUAGAAAGGGUAUUUGUUAUACAGAAAGCUAGAGGGACUCUAAAGUUUUAUUUGCUUUUGAGCAGAAUUUUAAAUUUUGUAAGAUGAACAAAAGUUUUCCAGAAAGGCUGUUAGAAUGCAGCACCAAUAGGGAAUGUAAUGUAGUACUGUAUUUGACAUCAUUUACAUUAAGCUGCUUCAGAAGUAGGCUCUGCUGCCAACAUUUCUCACUGCACAGCAUCCCCAAGACAAUUCCCCUGCUGUGCUGCAGCUGUUCAAUCUUUUCUGUUCAUAGUUUCAGCACUGCUGGGUGUAACUGAAAGCACUUGCCUUUCAUUGUCUCUGUGCUAACAGUAAUGUCACACCUUAAGCUCAUGAGCAUGAUAACUUUCUAUUUACAACACAUGCGCUGCUGCAACUUAUUCAAUUUACUGAAUUGACCAGAAUUGAGAGGAACAGGGUUUUCCCGAGCCACUAGAAAUAUACAUGUCAUAGAAGAGGUUAAGAUGGUGGCCCUGUGUGCUGUUUAACACAGAGGUGGAAUAUACUGAGAGGGCAGAACCUUUUUCUGAGAUGUUAAUCAGACGGCUGUGCUGUCCAGAAAGCUUCAUCCUCUCCUACCUCUCUGUGUUCUGUACAGUUUGGUUCUGUGAGUACAUUCAUGUGAUUUGUGAGUCAUUGAACGUGUUGCACAUGGUGUAAGCACUUACCCUGGCAAAGUAAUUAUCAUGUUUGCACAUUACACUACUGAAUAAACGCCUGUGCUCAAUCAAA